UGGCAACCAGCGUAAACAAACAACAUAGUUUCGUCUCGUUUUCCGCGGAUAAAUAUCCCUCCAAAUCCUUUUCUCUAUCUUCUCGUUCUUCUUAAAUUGAGAAAAUUUGCCUUACGAGAAAUUGUCGUGAUUGUAUCAUAAUGACGAUGAAUAAUAUAAUAAGGACAAAGUGUAUCGUUGCAGGUGACAGUACCGUCGGCAAGUCUGCUACCGUUCAGUCGUUCUUAACGGAAGGAUCCCAGUUUCCGAAGAAUUAUAAUAUGACAUUGGGUGUAGACAUACAGACGAGGCUUAUCAAUGUUCCUGAUACCAGUUACAGUGUGGAAUUAUACCUGUACGACUUCUCAGGAAAAGAAUUUUACAGAGAUUUAGUUCUGAAAAUGAGUAGUCAACCCUCACUUGUCUUUAUGGUGUACGAUUCAACCUCAGAAAGCUCCUUCAAAAAAGUGGUUGACAUUUAUACUCAGAUCAAAGAAGAAACCAAGAUGAGUUCACUCAAGGGCGUUCUCUUCGCCAACAAGACUGACCUGACCACACGUCGCCUGGUCAGCCCCAAAGCCGGGAGGGACCUCGCUCAGAAUUUAGGGCUUGUUUAUUUUGAAGGAUCUGCGAAGGACCAUGCAGGUGUUGACGAGCCCUUUUUUUUUCUGGUUAAUGAGUGGUUCAAGAUGUACACGGAUAAAACACAGUCAUUCAAGCUCUUGAGUUAAUAACAGACUGUAGUUUGAUGGUUUGUGUUAAGAUAUAUAUUUUUAAUGUUAUAUAGGGUAAAAU